CGUAGCAUAAUCUUUUGAAAAUAGCUCUGCAUGAUUCGCGUCUUUCCUCAUCCAAGGUAGACUUUCAACAAAAUCUAUAUUUUUUUGGAUCCGCGGCUGGCACUAUAAUCGCUGUGCUACAUCUGUUCUUGUUAAUCGUCCAAAAAAUGGAGGGCCGUGCAACGUCGAGCGCAGCAGCAGUCGCAAACUCAGCCAGCGCAUCCACUACGACGGAGAUGGAUUCACGACCAUCCUCAACAUCGUCCGGCGAAUUCUCGCUCGGUGCCCGUGGGUCACGAAAAGAGUGCUGGGCUUCGCGGGAUGCUUAUUUCCAAUGUUGCUCUGAGCAAAAGGAGGAUAGAUCGAAGUGCCUUCCUGAGAAAAAGGUGUUCGACGAACGGUGUUUGCCCUCUUGGGUCCGGCAUUUCGAAAUCCUGAGGUUCGGGCCUGACACGAUGACUGCCGAGUACGCGGGUUCGUCGCGCGACAAUUUCACUGAAGCCGUACCAACAGGGCGGCGCGACGUGGUCGCAACGCCACCAAUGACACCGGCGGGGGUUUCUUUAGGAGGUGUUAGGAUAUAACAGCACACUAAUCACCAUGAGCGUUGAGAUGAAGAGUCAUGGAGAGCCUCUUUCUUCUUCGUAACAGAGACGCUCAUUUUCUGGUCUUCUUCUAUGACCAGCGGCUUCAUUUUACGGAAAUUUUGAGUCAGUUAUAAAUUAUUGUUGAUCGAUGACGGAUCUCACCGAGGUCACCGCUUAUUGCAAAUCCAUGGUGAUACCUUGAAGCACCAAUUGAUCUGUCAAUCGGCUUCUUUUGCGCUCCCGCUCCAAAGAUUGUAUCCAAAAGACCUAAGGCGCACGAUCCGUGGGCAAGAUCAGCUACCUUCUAUGAUUGAAAGGGUGAGAC